ACUAUUUAAUAACAGCAACCAUUCAGAUCAUAUUAAUGCAGUAGAAGACGAUUUAGUCAGUGUUGGAGAUCUUGAAAAUGAAGUAAACUUGGAGACUGAAAAUGAUUUAAGAAAUACUAAAGACAUAGAUAAAAGGAUUGAAAAAAUUAAAGACCAACGACAAAAAUCGGUUAUCUGUCUUGAAAAACAAGCGUCAAAAAUGUUGAGAUUGACUAACGAAAAAUUUUCAAAGCUUGAUGUCGGUACAACUGUUCGUGUCCCAAUACCAGAUGUCGAUAGAGCACGAGGUUCUCCGCGUAAUUUACUUGCUGUUAUUAUUUCAUGCGAAAAUGACAUGUAUAAAUUAUGUACAGAAUAUGGGGUGUUGAAACACAAAUAUACACGAGCACAAAUUUCUCCGUGUAAAGAAAAAUUUCUAGAGCUAGAUGAAGCCAUGAAAAAAAUUAAAGACAGGGAAAUAACAUUAAGAGAAGCCGCAGGACACGGAAUAGCUGGUCAUCAAGGACUUAAUCGAUGCAACUGCAAAACUGGUUGUGGUACUAAAAAAUGUGCUUGCAAUGCAGCGGAAAUGUUGUGCAGUUCAAAAUGUCAUGGAAACCAAAAUUGUCACAAUAAAUCAUUAGUAUAA